ACAGACGAGCUGAGCUGAGUCCACUGCUGUUCCAAUUGCAGGUGCGUACUCCCGUCCUCGGAAGUGUUUACUUGAAGUCCGGACUUGCCAAGUACGAACUUCCAAGUCCGCGAGUCUGUAGUUCGCGUACUUGGAAUUGAGAAACGGCCAUGGCGAUCUCUCUGCUCCACUUCACCGCUUCUUUCCAAGGGGAGGAUAACAGCAUCGAAAGAGUUCCUAUGGGCUCCACCGGAAAGGGCGGAACUUCGCCGCUCUAACAUAACGCACCGGAAGCCUGCACGCGCCCCGAAGCCCCGCCCACACCAGCUACCAACAUGGCAGCCCCCACAGACAGCGCUAUGGACAUUUCUUCUUUCUUCUCCGGACUAUUAAAUGAAAAGUUGUGCCCUAACCAUUUAAAUGUCUUAAAAUCAUUUACAUCUAUGCUGCGGAGACAGGAAUACAGGGAGGAGGUGGAGAAGGAUGUAUUCUGCUCUCUCUGGAGCCUUCUGUCCCGUCUCAGAGAGGAGCUAGAGGCCUCUGGAGAAGGCGAGGAGGAGGGGGAUGAACUGAACCUUCAGUUGAUGGCUGAGUGCUUCAGGGCUCAGAGGAACGCAUGCGUCCAGAGCCCCCGGAACCAGGCACUGCUCAGCGAUCUGAGCUUCAUCGAUGAGUCGCUGAAGGUAAUCAGUGUGCUGCAGCGUCUAUAUCUGCAGUGCGGGGGAGUUGCGCUGGACCCCCUGCGUUGUGGGCUCCAGUUCCUGGGGAACAUUGCCGUUGGGAACCAGCUCUGUAAGGACAGCCUCUGGACGCUCAGCCUCCCACACCUGAUGCUAGAUCUGCUGAGUGGAAAGGAUGAGAAGGUGGUGAGCUAUGCCUCCAUGGUGCUGCACACCUGUCUGGAUGAAGAAAAGGUGGAGGAGUUGGCCAAGCCCGACAAUAUCCCUCUAGCCCUCCGUGUCAUGGAGCUCUGCCGAACUCACCCCGACCUCGACUGGACGGUUCUGAUCGCCACCCAACACUUCCUCAAGUCCUCAGCUUUGGUGGUCAGCAUGUACUCUGGGAUUUCUCACCUGGAGAGGAUGACCCUGUUGGAGUUGCUGGCGGCCCAGCUGGGGGAAGGGGGUGGUGGGGACAGUGGGAUCCCAGGGGGCGUGGCGGCCCACCUGGCCUCUUCUUUCCAGACAGGCUGCAGAGCUGUCCUGGCGCUUGCCUCAGGGUCUGCUGACGGAGACGAGGAGGCGCUGACAGUCAUCAGCUUGCUGGAUGUGCUGUGUGAGAUGACCUCUGACCUCGAGCAGUUCAUGUUUCUGCAAGACCACGCCGGCCUGCUGCAGGCCACUGUUGCUCUCCUACAGGAGGUUCAUGCUCUGGGUAAGGCCAGUAAGAACGUCUUCAGCUCCUCCCAGAACUUCUCCUCCUCUGGAGGAGGUGACCCUUCCUCCCCUUCCGUCAGCUUCAAGGCCCAUCUCAUCCGACUCAUUGGGAACCUCUGCCAUCGUCACCCCUUCAACCAAAACCAGGUCAGAGAACUUGACGGCAUCCCUCUGAUAUUGGACAACUGCAGCAUAGACAGCAACAACCCCUUCAUUAGCCAAUGGGCCAUCUUCGCCAUCAGGAACAUUCUGGAACAAAACCAAGAGAACCAGGCACUGGUGGCCGCCAUGGAUCGCCGUGGCAAUGCUGACUACUCGGCACUCAGUGAGCUGGGCCUUGACGUAGAGAAGAGAGAUGGAGCACUGCUGCUCAAAACAACAAAGAAACACUGACAGGGAUAGAGGGAGAGGGUGGGAGGAAAGGAGCUAGUGAGAGACAUGGAGAGAGACAAACGGGAUGAGGGGGAGUAAGAUGGAGAAAGAGAGGCAAAGAGAGGAAGAACAGAGAUGGAGGUGAAUAAAUAGAGAGCUAGCCCGAGGUAUGGAGAGAGGGAGUGCCAGUCAGUGUGCCAUCCAAACAUCAAUAACAUGGUGCCAACAUAGCCCCUAGGUGUAGUGGCUAUGUUAUUUAGGCUAUGUGAUUUGUUCUGCGGUUCUGAGCUAAUGACUCGAGGAGGGUCAUGUGCAAAGCUGUCAGAACCCCACAACAGCAGUCUGAUCUGGGCCAGGUUGUGUUUGGUAAGCAGCUGACCCAUGGGUCGCCCAAUGGUCUCGAAGCAGCUUCUACCAGAGGUUAAGCACCCUCUCUACUCUGUGGUGAAGAAUAUUCUUUCUCUGGAAUAAGGGCCUAAUCCAGAGACAACACUUCCUUUUGCAUUUUCUUAAUUGAUUAUACUUUAACGUUCAUUAUUACUGUUUUAGGACUCUGACUUGAAUAAUAUAAUUCCAUACUGUCAGCUAUGCAACCAACAUACGAACCUGCUCACAUUACAUUACCUAUUUAUUAUUAUUAUUGACCUGUAUUUUAAGUCUGAUCCUGGACCCAUUCUCUAAACAGGCUAUUCUGAAUCAUUGCACUUAACUAGGACUAGGAUAUUUACCUUAACUAGAAUGUAUUACCAGGUUAUAAAGCCUGUAUGGCAUGCAAUGUAGAUAAGGAGCAAAAACAUUAGACAUUUAGAAAGUGUUAAUACUAACAAUGUCAUAUUUAUUUCUAAAGUCUCAUAUUUGCUCUCAAUAAGCUCCAUUCCAUACGUACUGAAUACUAAACACAACAUAUUAUUCCAGCCUUACCUUUUCUAUUAUAUGGCAGCUCUUCUCAUGCUUAUUGUGCAUUUGGACAUGGCCAUGCCACCAUGUACACUCCUGUCUCCUCACCAGUUGCUGUGGUUUGGGAUCGGUAUGGAGUGGUGGACAGUCGUUCCUACCUAGGGGAGUGGAGCCAUUAAACUGCAGAAUAAAAUUGUCAUCAUACCCAACACAUCCACACACGCCCCGUACUAACCUGUUUUCACUGGAUCCCAUCAUUAAUGACUAUACGUGUUAACACUAUGGGCCGGCUGUAGGGAGCGUCAGUAGUUCCGGCGGCCAGUAUGGCAGACGGCUAACAGAACACCUGCCUGGUUCCCGGCUGUGCUUUUUAGUGAGUGGCAUGUUAACCUAACAAGCUCGCUACCACCGUUCACUUUCCCACUGCAUUCUUCAGCUGUACGCCAGUGUUAGUUCAUCGGCGGGCCUCGGCUUUAAUGUAUGUGUGCCUUAACCGUUGGAAAGCUACAUUUACGUGAUGUGUGUAUCUGAUGCCAUUUGAGAACAUACUUGGUGCAUUCAAAUAAAUUGUAAACAA